AUGGAACAGAUCAAGGCAAACAGGGAUUUACCUGCUGUACAGGCUCUUACAAGUAUCACCAGUAACGGUCCUCCCACAGAAGCCACAACUUAUGGAGUUGAUAUUGAUGUUCUCAGCUCGCAAGACGUUGCCCUUGAUGAUGUUGCGCCAGAACUCACUGCUGAGCAGAAGUUUUAUGUUUUGAAGCGUCUCAACUUCCAAAUGUUAGACGAUUUGGAUGAUUUGCCAGUAUCAGCAACCUUCUUAUUGGAAAGAGUCGCUCACAUGACAGUGCCACAGUCCUUAGAAAUUCUAGGCAAGUACUUAAAAGAUCAUCUGGACGAUGUCAAUAUUCCCACUUCUGAAUAUGAUUUUACUACAAGGCUUUUUGAAGAAGCACCAGAGCACUUUGGUCAAUCUCAGUCUGGAGAAAAGGAUACUUCACUGGAUGAAAAGAGGGUUUAUGGCGACGAAAAAAAUACAAUUAUCGAGGAGAAGAAGGAAGUGCCCGACGCGGUUCAGGAAUCCGAUGUCGAGGGCAACCAGUUCAGCAUUUUUGACUGGGAUUUCCAGAUUCGUACUGAAGCUGUCAUGAUUGCCUAUUUCUCCCCAUACCCCGAAGUCAGAUCGGUCACUAGUCCUUAUGAUGAUACCAGUAUUCCAGUUGAAACCUUGAGAGUGUACAUUUUAGGAAUCAUCUGGACUGCCGUUGGCUCUUUUGUAAACCAGUUUUUUGCUGAAAGACAGCCUGGUAUUUACUUAGGUACACCUGUGGUCCAGCUUUUGCUUUACCCAUCUGGUGAGUUGUUGGCUGCAAUUCUCCCUCACAAGAAAUUCACGAUCUGGAGGUGGACCAUCGAUUUGAACCCUGGCCCAUGGAACUAUAAGGAACAAAUGUUGGCAACAAUUUUCUACUCUGUUUCUGCCGGUACACCAUAUGUUUCAUUUAAUAUUCAUGUUCAGAGGCUUCCUCAUUAUUUCAAUAAUCAGUGGGCUGAUUGGGGCUAUCAAAUCUUGCUAAUGCUUUCCACCCAGUUUAUGGGUUUUGGAAUUGCUGGUAUUAUCAGAAAGUUUGCAGUUUACCCUGUUAGAGCAAUGUGGCCUACUCUUUUGCCAACGCUUGCGUUGAAUAGAGCUUUAAUGCAGAAGGAGAAGAAGGCGAAUAUCAACGGAUGGACUAUUUCGAGAUACUCGUUCUUUUUUACCGCUUUUUCUGGUUCGUUCCUUUACUUCUGGGUGCCAACGUAUCUCUUUGAAGCCAUGUCUUACUUCAAUUGGAUCACUUGGAUUGCGCCUUACAACUUCGACUUGAACGUCGUAACAGGCCAUCUUUAUGGCUUGGGUUUGAAUCCUAUCCCGACAUUUGAUUGGAACAUUAUAAGUUGGAAUUCUCCUUUGGUUAUCCCGUUCUAUUCUCAGGUCAACCAAUAUAUUGGUAUUGUUCUCGGUUUCUUCUGCAUCCUUGGGCUCUACUACACCAACUUCUAUGGAACAGCUUAUCUUCCUAUUAAUACCUCCACUUUGUUUAACAACAGAGGCGAAAGAUAUCAGAUUGAAGAGGUUGUUAACGAUAGAUCGUUGUUUGACGAGGCAAAGUACCAAGAGAUUGGCCCACCAUUCUAUUCGGCCGCUAAUUUGCUUGUCUACGGUACAUUCUUUGCUAUUUACCCAUUCGCCUUUAUCUACGAAGUCUUAAUGAACUGGAGACCUAUGUGGUUUGCAAUCAAAAACAUAGGCAGUUCUUUUAAGAACUUCAGAAGGUCUAAUUUUGAAGGUUUUGAUGACCCUCAUACAACCAUGAUGAAACAGUAUAAGGAGGUCGCAGACUGGGUUUUUCUUGUUGUGUUGGUGAUAUCCAUUGUAUUAGCCAUCAUCUGCGUUGAAGUAUAUCCAGCUGAAACACCCGUAUGGGGUAUUUUCUUCGCCCUUGGAAUGAAUGUCAUCUUUUUGAUUCCCCUUACUGCUAUUCAAGCUACAACAGGCUGGGGCUUUGGUCUUAAUGUCUUAGUUGAAUUAAUCGUUGGAUAUGCCUUGCCAGGUAACGCAUUAGCCUUGAACUUCAUCAAGGCAUUGGGCUAUAAUAUCAACGGCCAGGCUCAGAAUUAUAUCACCGAUCAGAAGAUGGGCCAUUAUAUCAAGGUUCCCCCAAGAGCACUCUUCCGCUGUCAGAUGCUUUCGGUUUUUAUUUCGUGUUUUGUCUCGUUGGCGGUGAUGAAUUUUAUGAUUGACAAUGUCGAAGACUAUUGUACGCCUCAAAGCAAUCAAAAAUUCUACUGUCCAAACUCAAACAUUUUCUUUUCAGCUUCUGUUUUGUGGGGUACAAUCGGCCCAAAGAAAGUCUUUGGUGGCCUUUACCCAUUAUUAGAAUGGUGUUUCCUAAUGGGGGCUGUUGCUACAAUUCCCUGUAUUAUUUUCAAGAAAUUUGGUCCAAAGAAGUACACAAAAUACUUCCAGCCUACAUUGAUUAUAGGAGGUUUCUUGGUCUACGCUCCUUAUAACUUGUCCUACUACACUGGCGGUCUUUACGCUUCUUUUGCGUUCAUGUACUACAUUAGAAAGCGUUACCAGGCCUGGUGGGAGAAGUAUAACUACGUGUUGUCAGGAGCUUUGGAUGCUGGCGUUGCUUUCAGCAGUAUCAUCAUUUUCUUUGCUGUUCAGUAUAACGAUAAACCUCUUGACUGGUGGGGUAACACAGUAUCUUACCAGGGCAUUGAGGGUGGAGAUGGCCAGCAGGCUUUGAAACCUAUAUCAGAAGCGCCAGAUGGUUACAUUGGUCCUCGUUACGGUGACUUUCCUUAA